GUUUUGCAAGUGCAUUGUGGGUAAGGACGUUCGACGCACAUGUGGCCACCUGAUCAGUGCUGAACGAGUGUGGAGGAAAAGCAGCGGGACUGUAGUAGAGGCAGCUAUUUGUAGUAUUAAAACAGGAUUAGCCAUCCAUAAUAAGUUAAAAUGAAACCAGGAUUCACCCCAAGAGGAGGUGGACGAGGUGGCCGUGGAGGCUUUGGAGGGGGAAGAGGAGGAGGAGACUGGGGUGGUAGAGGAGGAGGAGGAGACCGGGGUGGAAGAGGAGGAGGAAGAGGAGGUAGAGGUGGUUUCGGUGGAGGAUUCAGAUCCCCUGGAGGUGAUGGCUUCCGUGGACGAGGGGGUGGACGUGGCACUCCUAGAGGCCGUGGAGGAAGAGGAGGAGGACGAGGAGGGUUCAGAGGGGGCAAAAAAGUGACUGUGGAGCCCCAUAGACAUGAAGGAGUUUUUAUCUGCCGUGGUAAAGAGGAUGCCCUGGUCACAAAGAACAUGGUGAUUGGAGAAUCUGUGUAUGGAGAGAAGAGAAUAAGUGUUGAGGAAGGAGAAACUAAAAUUGAGUACAGAGCAUGGAAUCCUUUCCGGUCGAAGCUGGCCGCAGCCAUUUUAGGAGGUGUUGACCAGAUCCACAUCAAGCCAGGAGCGAAGGUCAUGUACUUAGGAGCCGCAUCAGGAACCACUGUAUCCCACGUUUCUGACAUUGUUGGACCGGAGGGAUUGGUGUACGCUGUCGAGUUUUCCCACAGAUCAGGCAGAGACUUGCUGAAUGUUGCAAAAAAGAGAACCAACAUUAUUCCCAUCAUUGAAGAUGCACGACACCCGCACAAAUAUCGCAUGCUUGUUGGUAUGGUGGAUGUCAUCUUUGCCGAUGUUGCUCAGCCUGACCAAACAAGAAUCGUCGCCCUCAAUGCACACAACUUCCUCAAGAAUGGAGGACAUUUUGUUAUUUCCAUCAAGGCUAACUGCAUUGAUUCAACAGCCGCUCCGGAGGCAGUGUUUGCAUCAGAGGUUAAAAAGAUGAGCGCUGAAAACAUGAAACCUCAGGAGCAGCUGACACUGGAGCCGUACGAGAGAGAUCACGCAGUUGUUGUGGGAAUCUACAGACCACCACCCAAGCAGAAGAAGUGAGAGUUCUCUGGAAAUUUUUAUCACUAUUUGCAUCACCCUUUGCUCCUGAAAUAACUGCUUCUGCCACUAGAUGGACCCACAGUUUGCAGAUGACAAAAGACUGAUAUAACUGAACCAUUUUCCUGCAUCCACCAGUUUGGGAGUGUAUCCCUUGCCUGAUUGGCACAGGCAACAUAUUGUUUAUGGAGAGUAACUCUGCUCCUGUUUUUUCCUUUCUAUGAUCAUCAUCUGUCAUGUAAUGGAAUGUACUGUACCGAGAGAUGAAUUUUGUGUUUUGCUUAUAAGAAUUUUUGGAAGCUAGAUGUGUUAUGUUAACUAAAUCAACAGUUUUCCAAAGCAUACAUUUGUUAUUGUUUCUUUUGAGUAUUUUUAGUAAAAAAUUUUAACAAUUGAAUGUCACCUUUUUUUUUCCCCACUCUCUUGCUUUUUGUUUGUACCUCUAAAAAAUGUUUUCAGGAAGCCAAUUCAAAACUUUUUGUGAAAUUGUUUCAGAAGUAUUAGUAUAAACCUGUAUAACCAACUCUAAGGCCCGGUUUCACAGACGGGGCUUAUCUUAAGCCAGGACUAGGCCUUAGUUAAAUUAAGAUAUUUAAGCAGCUUUUAUAAAAAAAAAAAAUGCCUUGGGAGAAAACAUUGCAGGUGUGCAUCUUGAGACAGAACAAUUAAUAUUUUAAGGUAUAUCAAAACAAGAUUUUUUCAGUUGUGAUAG